UAGUUUUAUUGACAGUGGAAGAUUACACGCCUUUCCCCGUGGUGCAGUUCCUGGUACCUUCCAUCCUCCUCCUCCUCUUGGCCGAUAGGACCGACUCCGGGGAAACGUUUCUUGUUUCAGCUGAACCGUUUUAUUGUCCCACGUUUCUUCUCGCCGAAACGAAAUGGCUUCAGGUGUGUCAGUUGCUGCUGAAGUGGUUACAGCUUUGCAAGAUUUGAAGAUUCGCCACAAAUACAAGUAUGUCAUCUACCACAUAGCAGGUGGGGAGGUACGGAACCAGGCACUAGAUAACAUCAACUCAGAAGACAAGAACAAUGAGUACAACACGGAAUAUCAAAAGCAGCGCCACCAGGGCUUUGUGGAAGAGCUGAAAGGAGGCGAGCAGGCUAACACAUGUCGCUAUGCUGUCUACGAUUUUUCUAUUUUGGAUCAAAAAGAAGGGGACACAGCAGCGAGGAAGACCAAUAAGAUCCUCUUUAUUGUCUGGUGCCCAGAUACGGCAUCAGUCAAGGAUAAGAUGUUGUACGCUAGCAGCAAAGACGCAGUCAAGAAAGCAUUGGGGUCUGGAAUAACAGAGGUCCAAGCCACUGACCUCUCAGAGCUGUCCUUUGAUUAUUUCUGGGAGAAGGCCCAGUCCAAAUAGACGUUUGGCUUCCAUAGUAACAAUCUUGCCCAUUCUGUAGGGGUGGGCAUGUAGGAGUGGUGAGAUGAUAACUCAACACUGGAGCUGUAACUACAGAAAGUAGCAUGGGAAAACAUGGGGUGUCAACUCUUGUCCAUGAAAAUGCACCCCAGAACCAUUCAGUAACACACAAAAAUGAUAGGUAAAAUUUCAAACUUUCAGACAUUGUUUAUGCCAUGUUAUGUACAUGUGUAGUUUAUUAACAGCUUUUUUUCUAUGUUUGAUACCAACUUAAACAAAAGAAGAAGGGGGCAUGUCUUUCAGAAGUUACUGUUUGUUAAAUCAAGCAAAUUCAGGACAGUGUAAAGCUGCUGAUUGUAUGUGUUCAUUUUUUAACGGUCCAUACAGAGGGUCACUGCAAAAAGAAAGUUACUAAGAAAUAUAGAAGUAGGUGGUAAGAAACAAACCGACUGUACCUUCUGCAAGUUUGAAACUAUGUGUUUCACUUUGUUUUCAGUAUUUGUGCUUAUAGUGCCACAUAACUUUCCCGAUGAAUUCUAUUGGGAUUCAGUUCAAUCCUACAAGUAGGUGAGGGAUUACCUAACAGUGUUACAUGUACUAGGAACUAUUGCGCAACGGUCAACUGUUAGAACUGUGGUUUCAAAAGGAAUAGAGAAACAGCAGAAAUACCUAUAGAGUUUGGUAAAGGAUGUUUUAUGCAAUGAUCAAAGCCAGUAUUCACAUGUGGCAAUGUUUGGUAUCUCGCAGGAUGCCUGCCCACCAUUUGCCUUUUACUUGGCACAAAGCCUUGGGCUCAAGUUAUCUGAAGAAGGAAAGAAUUGACAUCUAUUUACCAGGAAGCUACACGGUCACACCUGUCCAGUUUUACAUGUGUUAACCUCAAGCUAGUUGUCCUUUAUUCCCUGACAACAUAAUGUUGUUGGCUAUUUAUUAUGAUUAUUUAAGGCAGGUAGCAAUAAUUUGACUCAUCUAACUGACAUACAGAAUGGUAGAACGAGUUGGCUUUAACUGUAAGCCAUUUUCAGUUGCAUGUUGUAUUUUGUUGCACUGCAUGUUUGUUGCAUACUUAGGUUUUCCAGGGGUAAGUGGCAUUGGGAAGGCAUGGGACCAUGCUUCAAUAAAAUGUCCUUGAAAUUCAGUAGCAUUGGAAAUGAUGUCCCACAGAUGUGCUGCUCCCCUGCCAAGUUUUGAUAGUAGAGGUUACAAAUUCCAUGGAUGUUGCUGUGAUAGUGGUAUGGUCUGUCAAGAAGCCUGGUUAUUCUGCGGGAGGAAAUUUGAUGACAUAGAGUAAUAAGUGUAUCAGUCACCUUUGGAGUCUGCUAACAGGGGGACAGUUUACUUAUGUAUGUCUCAAUACAGAGAUUACAACUUCUCAUU